UUCCCUCUUCUAUAUAAACCCUACAAGCCUGUCAUGCAAAGCACAAGAAAAUCAAGCAGAGUACAAGCAGAAGCAUCCAACAACUAGAGCCUCCAGACUCGUUCGCCAAACUACUAAAUACGAGGCGGCAAGAGCCAAGAGGCAUAGAAUCAGUAGAGUGCAGAAUUUGCUGUGAACUUGUGAAGUUCAUAUCCCAUCAAUGGCCACCAUAACGGCUAGUGCCAGUCCAGCCAUGCAAGAAAUCAGCAAGCAGGCGGGGAGCACGUCGCCGACCCGCGCUACCGCCUCGUCUGCGCCGGCGCGUUACCGACCGUCGCCGCUGGUCAUAUUCAGCGCCUGCCUCGUCCUCCUCGGCGCCGGAGGCCCGCUCCUCCUCCGCGUCUACUUCGUCCACGGGGGAAAGCGCCUGUGGCUGUCCGCCAUGCUCCAGCUCUCCGGCUGGCCCCUCCUCCUCCCGCCCAUAUUCGUCUCCCUUUUCCGAAGCCGCAGGCACGGCGUCGCCAACCUCCUCCUCCCGCCUCGCCUCGUCAGCGCCGCGGCCGUCCUCGGGGCGUUCUACGCUAUAUCGUGCUUCGUCUACGCGCUGGGGUCGCAGGCGCUGCCGCUGUCCACGUCGUCGCUUCUGCUGGCGACCCAGCUCGCCUUCACCGCGGUGUUCGCGUUCCUGUUCGUCGGGCUCCGAUUCACGCCCUUCUCGGCCAACGCCGUCGUGCUGCUCACCAUCGGCCCGGCGGUGCUCGGGGUCGGGCCCGGCUCCGGGAAGCCGGCGGGCGAGGCCUCGAAGACGUACUGGACAGGGUUCUGCGAGGCCAUUGCCGCGGCCGCGCUGGCCGGGCUCGUCCUGCCGCUCGUCGAGGUCGCCAUUGCGCGGUACGGCCGACGCACCGGACCCGCCGCGAGGGUGCCACCCCCGUACGCGACGGUGAUGCAGAUGCAGGCCGUCAUGGGCGCCGCCGGCACGAUGGUGUGCCUGCUCGGCAUGGUCAUCAAGAGCGACUUCCAGGCGAUGCCAAAUGAGGCCGCCGGGUUCGGGCUCGGCAAGACCAACUACUACCUGGUGCUCAUCUGGGACGCCGUGUCAUGGCAGCUGCUCAACCUGGGGAUCAUGGGACUCAUCACCUGCGCCUCGUCGCUCCUCGCCGGCAUCAUGAUCGCGGUCCUCCUGCCGCUCUCGGAGGUCCUCGCCGUCAUCUUCCUUCACGAGAAGUUCGACGGACCAAAGGGCAUUGCACUGGUGCUCUCCCUCUGGGGCUUCGCCUCCUACCUCUACGGUGAGAAGGCGCAGAAGAAACUGGAGGCUCAGAAGAACGAGCAGCAGGUGGCAAAGAAAGUUGGAGACCUGGAGUCGGCUGCUCCUUGAGGAACAAUAAAUUUUAUCUGUCUAGCGUGUGUGCACGCAUAUAUACAGGUAUAGUCAUCAACAUGUUUUUCGGUUAAGAAAUUGUUACAACAAUAUAAAAUUUGUACGACAUUGUUUCAUUUGUAAAGUAGCAGAGGCAAGUCGAGUGCUACGAUUGUAUAAAAUAAAGAUCAAAAUACGGCAUUCUUCAUGUUGAAUUUAAUCUCACAUCAGAAAUUGAUGAUAGAAUAG